GAGGCUUCUUCACCCUUGCUUCCCUUCAGACUCUAAGCUUCCAUAUCUUCUUCAGUAUAAAAAGCUAUCCUUCCCUCACAUCAUACCACUGAAAUGCUUCAAUUUCUCAAGGAGAUGAUGGACUUCAAGUUCUUGCUCACUCUUUCAACACUCAUAGGCCUUUUCUCUCUACUCAAGACAUUGGUGGUGAUUCUGAGAUGGGCCUGGGGCUCAUUCCUUAGGCCCAAAAAGGACCUGAAGAAGUAUGGUUCUUGGGCAGUUGUCACAGGUCCUACUGAUGGUAUAGGGAAGGCUACCACUUUUCAACUGGCUCGCGAGGGCCUGAACUUGGUCCUAAUAGGCCGGAACCCUGCCAAGCUGAGCUCGGUCUCUAGCGAAGUGCAGGAACGGUUCGCCGGCGUCAAGGUCAGGAGCAUUGUAUGCGAUUUUGCAAAAGAUUUGGAGAAUGGAAUUAAGAGAAUAGAGCAGGGGAUCAAGGAUUUGGAUGUUGGCAUCUUGAUCAAUAAUGUUGGGACUACUUACCCUUUUGCAAUGUUCUUACAUGAAGUUGAUGAGAAGUUGAUGGAAAGUGUGAUUGGUGUUAAUGUGGUGGGAACAACAAAGGUGACUCAUGUGGUGCUUCAAGGAAUGGUGGAGAGGAAGAGGGGAGCGAUUGUCAACAUUGGAUCUGGUGCUUCUUCUGUUCUGCCAUCUUAUCCCCUUGUUACAAUAUACUCUGCAACCAAAGGGUACAUAGAGAAAUUCUCGAGGAGCCUCAGCGUCGAAUAUAAACCCUAUGGGAUCGACGUUCAGUGUCAGGUUCCUUUGUAUGUGUCAACGAAGAUGACGAAAAUAAGGCCUUCCUUCUUCGCUCCCUCGGCAGAUGAGUACGCAAGGUGGUGCCUGCGCUGGGUAGGGCACGACGCCGUCUGUGUUCCUUACUGGACUCACUCCAUCCAGUCGCUUGCAGCACGCUUUCUGCCCGAUGCCUUCCUGGAUUGGUGGUUCUUUCGCUGCUUUCUUCUCCUGCGAGAGAAGGCCAUGAAGCAGCAGCACCUCUACUCCAAGGAGUCAUGAGCCAACGUUUCAUAUCAGAGAGAGAGAAUGUCUAAGCAAUACUUUUGCUUAUGAAUAUUAUUACGAUUAUUAUGAUGA